AGGAAAGACGUUGUUUUUGGAGGCAGGGCUUACCUUUUUGUCCCGGUAAAAAUAUAAUAAGUGUAAAGAGAAAUAUACUGUCGACAUGUGUCGGAAAGAGAAAUAAAUAAAGGCCACAACAUCAACAAAAAAUAAACAGCGGUAAAAACAAAUAAGGAAAAGGACUAAAUUCACAUUCUUGACGGAAUUGCAAAGCUGGAUAAAUCGACCGAAAAUGUAAAAAGGUGAUCGAUCAUACAACCCAGCCAUCGGUCACCUUCGACGUCGUUUAAAUCGAACCCGAAUCAAAGCCAAAACAAGAGAAAAAAAAAAAAGAAGAAGCAAUAAGACAAUAAGUUCUCUUCGUCGACGCCAACCUGGAAGAUGUCGUCCUGCUUGGUUUACUUUGAUGAUCGGAAUCUCUCUCGACCACGACGACGACGACAACGAAACCCUGCCUCUUUCUACUCCCCUGCAACCCCGGUUAUUGCUUGAAAGAAAAAAAAAAAAGAUACGAAAAAGGAAGAAAAAAACAAACAAAAUCGAAGCUUUCUUUUUAGUCUGUUGGUCAGCGUCUGACCUCUUUGUAAGUAAGCAAGAGGAAGAUAGACAGAGAGAGUAGAAAGAGGGGGAAAUAGAUACAUACAUGCACAAAGAGAGAGGUAGGUAGAUAGAGAAAGCGGAGAGAGAAAGACGGAAAACGAAAGAAGCUGACAGCCGAAACGAAAUCAAACUGUAGGAUAAAAAGAAGAUCGUGGUUGUUGUUUCUCUGGGUUUUCUUAUCAGUCUUGAAGGUGUUGUGGAUUUUUCUAAAACCAUUAGAAGUAGCCCUAUUUUCUCUAUCUCUUUCUCUCUCCUGCUCCAUUCUUCACACUCGAAAAAUAUUCUCUGAAUUUCAUAUUAAAACACCUAAACACACAUUUCUGUUUUUUGAAAAACCUCUUCUCUUUCUCUCUCUCUCUCUCUCUGCCUGCCUGUUUCCCCCCUCUGUUCUCUCUAUCUGUCUAUCUAAAAAAAAAAGAAAGAAAGAAAGAAGGGAAAGCCUUAGCAACGCAGUAGAAGUCAGCAGGAAGUGAACGGCGGCCGCUUUUUUCUUGGCCGCUUUUUUAAUUUUAUUUUGAGGUUGGAACCUUGUGUUUCUAUUCCGACCGACCGCUCGAAAAACCUGUCUGUUUUUUUUUUUUAAGUUUUUCCCUCCAAAAAAAAAAAAAAAAAAAAAUCACUAUUUUUUUCUCCCUCCUCCUCCAAGAUGCCGCUGUUGAGAAGGCAGCCUUUUCAGAAACAAAAGCCACCGCCGGAUCUCGAUCCUGACGAGGAAGUUUUCCAUUGUAAAUUAACAAACGAAAUAUUUCGUGAUUACGAGGAGUUUUUUGAGCGAAUAAUAUUGUGCAACAGCCUUCUUUGGUCGUGUGAAAUAACUGGAAAAUGGGGAUUAACCUACCAAGAAGCAGUGGAAACAGAAGAGCGAGCGAGAAGACACUUAGCUACAUUCCCCGAUUACCUUCAGCGACCAAUUCUCUACUUGGCAAACCUGACCCAUCGCAGUCGGUUAGCUGGCAUGAACGACGAUGUGUUCGUUUUUGCAAAAGAUCGUUACUUCAUUGGAGAAAUAGUUGAUGUGGUCCACGAAGGAAUACGCAAACCAUACAAAAUAGUGUGUAUCAUACCACCAACAGAAGAACAAAUCCAGAAACAUGCCAUUAAUGGCGAUGUAGAAGAUGGAACAGAAGAUGGGAUAGGGAACGAAAAGAGUCAGAACCAGGGACUUGAUCCGACCUUAUACACAUAUGUUGUCAAAGACACAAUGUCAGACGAAACACUCACUGUGAAAACUGUACAGAUCAGUCGUAAAAAGGGACUCUAUACCAGGGACAAAAGUAAAUUAUUCUUAAAACAGAAUUGUUACGUCGUUGACGGCGUAUGGACAGUAAAGGAUAGCAUAAUAAAAUCAUUAAAGUUGAUGGAGUUACGUUUUGAGAGCUUUUUUGCUGGCCCGAAACCUUUGUUUGCUGUGUCACAAGCCAAGAGGAAGAAGAACUCCUAUUUGAAUCCAAAUCUCAAUAUCAUGUCCCAGAGUCCUUCCGACAACAGUAUGAACGACUACACUAUGCGAGGCAAUGACGCAAAGAAGAACAAUAACUUAUCAGAUAAAAACAAACAAUUGAAGGCGAUUGAAGAUGAAAAGAUGGCAUUCAUGCGCAUGAGUCCCGAGGAACGGGAAGCGUUUAAGGAGAGAGUGAAGCAGGAGAAGAUUGCCGAACGUAACGCACGUAGAGAGGAGAUAAAGAGGCGACUUGAUGAGGAGAAAGAAAAGAGAAGAUUAGAAAGAGAAAGGGAAAGGGAUAAGAAAAGAGAAGAGAAACGUAUCCAGGCUGAAUAUUUAAAAGAAUGGAGCCGACCUCGUGACGAUUUGGAAUGUGAAGAUCUCAAGUCGUUACCAGAUCUCUUACCUGUACAAACAAGACUACCACAAGAACUGUUUGGUGAUGCAUUGAUGGUGCUAGAAUUUAUCCAUACAUUCCAAAGUUUGUUUGAUUUAAAUGAAUAUUUCCCUUCCGGGAUGACCUUAGAGGUUUUGGAGGAAGCUUUACUGGAUAAUGAUGUGAAUGGGCCACUCACCGAUCUCCUACUUAUGUUGCUGGUUGCCAUUUUUUAUCUGCAAGAGUCUGAGGAAGAGGAAGAAGAUCCUGAUUUAAGUAAAGGAAAGACUAACAUACCUGAUUUCAGUGAAGAAAUGUGUUAUUCAGAUCGUUCAACAAUGGCUAAUUUAUUAAAGAAUUCUGCAAUUAUGGCACAGUACCCUAUGUUAACCCAUGGAACCCCUUUGAGGAACUUGCAGUUGGACAGUUUUACUUUGACUGAGAUUUUGCGCUUGCACUUAAUAUCGUCAGCUGCCAAAGCGAAUGCAAAUAAUGUCAAAUUCCGGUAUCAACAAAGAGGUGGUUACACAGCAAUGGAUGAUGCUGGUAUUCAUCUUUGUAAAGAACUUCCUGAACUUAUGAAAAGUCUCAGUGAAGACAACAUAUUUGAUAUGCCCCCAGAGUGCAAGUUGAAGACUUUGUCAACGCUUGUGCACCAGUUCCUCACCUAUGCAGCUUCCAGGGAUUUGGUUGAGGACAACUUUGAGAGAUUACGACAGUUGAAGAUGGAUUUGAAACAGUUACAAUGGUCGGAGUUGAGGAGAGAGCGAGAAGAAGCAACUGCAAGAUACAAGCGUAGUGUGGAAGAAAGACUUCGUGAACGGAAGCAGCUAGAAAUGAAGAUAGCUAACGAAGCACUAAGACAAGCCGGUGUUGAGGUGAACAACGGCAUUACUGAGGAGAAAGAAAAACCUGAUAAAAAGACGUCACGCAGUCGCCUUGUACAAAUCGACAAAUUCAAUAAACUCGAAGACCUUGAGAAAAUCAAUGAACAGGAACUAACCCCUGAAGAAAAGGACGCUUACUGGCAGAAACGGGAGCAGCUUGAUGCCAAGAAGAAGAGCGAAAACUUGGAGAAGGAGAAAGAAUUUCUAAAUUCAAUUGCUAAACUCCAGCAGGGCAAUGCUGUAUACCCUCUCGGUCGUGACCGCAUGUACCGGCGUUACUGGACCUUCAGCUCAUUACCAGGGCUGUUCGUUGAGGAUAACGAUGAAACUGUCCCAUCAGAAUUGUUGCCCAGUUCUAAAGAGGAGGAUGAUGAUGAUGUAGAUGAUGAUGAGAAAGAUAAGGAAGAAGAUGGUGAUGGGGAGAAGGAUGUUGACGGGGAGAAGGAAGUUGACGGGGAGAAGGAAGUUGAUGGGGUGAAGGAAGAUGAUGGGGUGAAGGAAGAUGAUGAAGAGAAGGAAGGUGAUGUUAAAAAGGAAAGUGAUGUGAAGAAGGAAAGUGAUGUUAAGAAGGAAAGUGAUGUGAAGAAGGAAAGUGAUGUGAAGAAAGAAAGUGGAGAGAAAGAGGGUGAUGGUGAGAAAAAGGGAAAUGGAGAGAAGGAGAGCGAUAGCAAAGAAAAAGGAAGCAAGGCAACAGAAGAUGGGACAGUUAAGCAGGAGUCUGAGACUCCCAGUCCUGAGACUAAUAAAACUGAACCCAUGGAAACAGACAAACAGGAAGCCACUUCAGAGAAAAAGGGUAGCAACGGUGUGAUAGAUUUGACUGACAUGACUGACGACAGCAUGGACAAAUCUGAGGAGGACGAUGACGAAGAGUAUGAUGACGACGACGACGAAGAUGAAGAUGAGAGACCCGCGUAUUUGGACAGUGAGUUUGUACAAAAAAUUAUAAACAGAGAACGUGUUCAUUGGACGUACAUAAAGUCGCCCGAACAGUUCAACCAACUUAUGGAUUCCCUAAAUUCCCGUGGCUUCCGAGAGGGACUCCUGAAACAGAUCCUGCUGGAAAACAGCGAUCGGAUUCAGGAAUCAAUUGGCAAUUGUCCGUUUGAAGAUCCGGAGGAUGUAGAGCAGAGGAUGAAAAAAGAUAAAAACAAAAAUGGCAGUAAGGACUCUGAGGAGACGAGCAGCGCCAAAGAAAUCCUUGAGCUGAAUUUGCGGGAUUUACUUUUGGAUUUAGAGGAGAGAAUAUAUGUUGGCGGCCUUGGAUCCGUGAAGGUAAAAGAUCGUCUCCAGUGGCGUGCUAAAGUGGAAGGUAACUUGAAGAGCGAGAAGCCGGCGCCCGAUCAGGAAAGUGGUGGAGAAAGUGGUGAUGGAAACAUUGAUAAUGUUGUUAAAAGCCUCGCGAAAGCUUUGCUGCAAAUAGCUCAUGGUGUUGAGUCGCGUUACAUGCGAGAGCCGUUUGGUGACUCUGAGGAGCUUCGGAAAUCUAGGCUGAAAUUGGAGAGUAGCAAAGAUCAGAAGAAUAAGAAGAAAGAUGAGAAAGCAGAUAAGAGUGAAGACAGUGAUGAAAAUGAAGAAAAAGUUGAAGUGACUCCGAAGUCGAAGAGUAAAAAGAGUGUGUUUGAACGAUGGGAAGAAUCUUUAUGUAAUUGCACCAGCUUUCCUCAAAUCUUCCUCCAUUUGUCUUCCUUGGAGAAAAGUAUCAUUUGGUCGAAAUCCGCACUGCACGCUCGUUGUCGAAUCUGUCGGCGUAAAGGUGAUGGCGAGCACAUGCUUCUGUGUGAUGGUUGUGACCGAGGACAUCAUAUGUACUGUCUGAAGCCUCCAGUUAAGACCGUUCCCGACGGUGACUGGUUUUGUCCCAAUUGUAAACCUAAAGAAGCUCGCCCAUCUCCUCGCAAAGGUCAGCGACACAUGUACGUGGUGGAUUCCGAGGAAUCCGAAGAGGACGACGAGGAAGAAGGUGAUUCCAAUGAAGAAGAGGAGGAGGAAGAGGAAAAUGAAGACAGUGAAAAUCAAGACAGCAGCUCUGACAGUGCUGAGCAAUAUCAAGCACGUAAAAAGGAAUCGAGGACAGAUAAUGCUUGCGUUGUCUGUGGACGUCGUGGUGCCUUGGUUAUCUGUGAUAAGUGCCCGAAUGUUUACCAUUUAUCAUGUGCUAAUCCACCUCUCAAGAAAGUUCCAAGAACCAAAUGGUUGUGUGGAAGUUGUUCAGGAUUAGACAAAAAGAGUAAAAGAAAUUCCAGUGGGAGAGGUUCUAGUCAUUCUGUAUCCAAGAAGGACAGUCCGAGGAACAGUCCACUAAAUGCUCGUUCAAGGAAGAGGGCGAGAUCAGAAUCUGACGAGGAAGUUGCACCAAAACGCUCUCGACAUGCAGCAAAGGGAAAGACAUCUUCACUUGCAGAAACCGAAGAGUCUGACAUAAAACAUUACGUCAGCAGUUACCGAGGCAACAGUAAGGAGUACCAGUUAAAGGCCUGUGAGGAUCUUAUAAACGAUUUGAUGAAACAUGAAGAUUCUUGGCCAUUUUUGCGGCCAGUCAGUAAAAAAAUGGUACCUGAUUACUAUGACAUUAUCAAACAUCCUAUGGAUUUCUCCACCAUUCGCAACCGGAUUCACAAAUAUCAAUACACAGAACCCAUAGCCCUCCUCAAAGACACUCGCUUAAUAUUCAGUAAUUGCAAAGAGUACAACAAAAAGUCUGCCCCAGAGUUCAAAGCUGGUGCCAGUUUGUCAACCUAUUUUGAGAAGCAGGUGAAAGAUUUACAGCUGGAGGAUGGCGAACACGCUUCGCCGAGCAGCAGUUCGCAGACAGACUCUGGGAAAUCCAACACAAAGAAAAAGAGCAGAAAUUAGUGUUCCAUUAUGAUUACUAACUAAUUACUAUUAUUAUUAUUAUUAUUCUUAUUAUUAUUCUUAUAAUAAUCACCAUUAUCAUUGUCAUCAUCAUCUUUAAUCAUAAUGGGCAGUGGAUUGGACAGAAGGAGGAGGAAAAUACCUUGCAGGUAUUUAGAUUUGCUUUACGUUCUGAGUUCAAAUCCUGCCAAGGUCGGCUUUAGCCCUUCAUCCAUACGAGGUCGAUAAAAUAAAGUACCAGUGGAGUACUGGGUGGGGAGUAGGAUGUAGAGUAGGGCUAUUCUCCCCCUCCCCUUCCCAAUCAAAUGUUGUGGCCUUGGGCCUAUGACAGAAAUCAUUUAAAAUGUUUUUAUUUUAAUUAUUCACAUAUAUAUAAAAAUCAUUAUUUCUAUCCCCUUAAAGACCUUUAAUCAUUAACUUCAGUGACCCCCCCCCCUUUUUUUUUUUUUUGGUCCAUCAGUGAUGAUGGUUGGCGUUUCAGUUUAAAAAAAAAAAAAAAAAAUUUUUGUAAGAAUAUUCCCUCUUCUUCCUCCUCCUCCAGAGCAGAAGAUGGUAUAAAUUAGGUUAACUACAACUGGCCCCGAUUCUGUGGGGGCAGCUACAGUGUUCUUAACCAUGUCUCUUUGUCCUGAGCAACUCUGCUGUCAUUGGCCCGGACGAGGUUUGUGGCCGAAUUCAUUUACAGCAUCUUUGGUUGCCAACUUUGGAGGUAGUUAAGUUGCGGGAUGGGGAUGGAACGGGGAGGGGUGUUUAAAUAAUUGUUUGUUUUUUUAUUUAUCUUUUUUUUUUUUUUUGCAAAAAAAAAAAAGAAAAAGACAAACGCCAGAACAUUUGUGUUAUACACAAAUAUGAAGAAUGAAAUGUUUAAAGCUAGAAAAUAAAUAACAAAAAAAAAAGACAUACACACACACACAAAAUAAAAAAAAAAGACAAAACUAGGUUGAGUGCCCCAGUUUAUUCCGCUAGUCAUGUGCUUCCUGGGGAGGUGGCAUGGAAGUGGUGGGUGGCAUCCCCUACCUCCAACAGACACACAAUACAUAAAAGAAAUUAUACAAAAAAAAAAUUUAAAAAAAGUCUUUGUUCAAAAUUCAAUAAACUUGAAAUAAAAAAUUGCCUUUGGAACUUGAAUUUGAGAAAUUCUUUCUUCCACCGCCAUUUCCAUCUUUUGUUCAGAAUUUGAGAUUGGGAAGAGACGUACUCUUGGAGACGUUUCUGUCUCCCUCUCUCAGCCUGUUAUAUAUUAUGUUAUAUAUACAUAUGAUAUACAUAUAUUGUGUGUGUGUGUGUGUGUGUAUAUAUAUAUAUAUAUAUAUAUAUAUACAUACACACUAUGUAAAAAAAAAAAAGUUGUUUUAUUACAGGAAACAAAAAUACAACAUGUCCCCCUUCUUUGCUAUUUCAACAGAUGCAUUCAGACAUGCACCUUCUCUAACAAACAUCUCUAUCUCUGCAGCCUUUUUUACCUUGAUUUAGAUAUGUUAAACAUAAUGCUACUUUCUUCUCCAGUCCUCUGCACCCCUCUCUCUUUCCUGCUACCUUCCCAAACAAGGAACGUAUUUAAUUUAUUCUACUUCCUUUCCAUCUUCUCCUCCUGUGUGUCAUCUUCCAUAUGUUAAAUAAACUGACCCUUUUACCGUUAAACUCAACCCUACCCUCUUACGUACAUACAUUACAUACGUAUAAUACAUGCGCAUAUUACAUGCGUACAUUACAUAACAUCAUUCCUUCUUCCUCCUCUGUCGUUUUUUUUUUGUUUUUUUUUUAAAUAAUACAAAAAAA